UCGGCUAGCUGGCGCGCGCUCCGUUUGGUCGUCGGUGCUUCAGUAUUCGUUGCGACUCCGUAAAAGUGAGACGCGUUCUCGCGGUAUCUGGCUGCUUCGUAACCGCGUCGUAACCAGAAACGCGUUCGUGAGGUGCGAGAACGCCUCAAGUAACCGUUUUUGUAACUAUCCGCGUGUACCGGGUGAAAAUUACCGAUUCGUGUUAUACAUAUCCUUUCUCCGAUUGUGUGUACUUUGUACACCAGACAACAACUGGAAGAGAGAAGAGAAGAGAAGUAAAAAGGGCCACAUAGGGAGAGCAGAGAAAGGAAAGACGAAAGGAUUAUAUAUUCGAACAACAUGGCCACUGCGAUCGACGACCGGCAGGAGUUGUUGGAGCAAUUUCAAGCGAUCGACGAGAAUGGGGACGGUUUCAUCAACCUUACGGAGUUGCGAAGCGCGUUGGACAUCUGCGGCUUCAAGAUGCCCGGAUACAAGGUGCGGCAGAUGAUCGAGGAGUACGACGACAAACAGAGGUCGGAGCACAAGGGCCGAUUGUCGUUCGAGGAGUUCGAGAAACUUUGCAAGGAAUUGAAGGCGAACGAAUUGGGAUCCACGUUCAAGCAGGUCGUCUCGAAAAAGGAGAAUUUGGAAACGUUGGGAGGGAUUUCGGAAGCGUCGAGCGAGGGGACCACGCAUUCGGUCAGAUUGGAGGAACAGCUCGCCUUCAGCGACUGGAUAAACACGAAUUUGUCGCACGAUCCUGACCUCAAACACCUGCUGCCAAUAGACGCGGAAGGGAAGACGUUGUACGAGAAGGUCAAAGAUGGGAUUCUUCUUUGCAAAAUAAUCAACCACUCCUGCCCGGACACGAUCGACGAGCGAACGAUCAACAAGAAGAACCUAACCCUGUACAAGAAGCACGAGAACCUAACCCUGGCUCUCUCGUCCGCCCAAGCGAUCGGGUGCAACAUCGUGAACAUAGACGCCCACGAUCUGACUAAAGGCUCGCCCCACCUUGUCCUCGGCCUCCUCUGGCAGAUCAUUCGAAUCGGUUUGUUCAACCAGAUCACCCUCGAAAAUUGUCCGGGCCUCGCCACCCUGUUGCAAGACGGAGAGCGUAUCGAGGACCUGCUCAAACUCUCGCCCGAGUCGAUCCUGCUCAGAUGGGUGAACCAUCACUUGGAGAACGCGGGCAUCGUGAGAAGGUGUCACAAUUUCCAAUCGGACAUCACCGACUCGGAGAUCUACACGUACCUAAUCAAACAGAUCGCGCCCAACACGGCGGGCGUCACGCUCGAAGCAAUGAUGGAGCCGAACCACACCUCGAGGGCGGAAAUCAUGCUGCAACAGGCUGCCAAGCUCGGGUGCCGCAGUUUCGUAACGCCUAGCGACGUGGUCAACGGCAUAUACAAGCUGAACCUCGCCUUCGUCGCAAACAUGUUCAACAAUUAUCCAGGAUUGGACAAACCGGAGAACAACAUCGGGCUUGAGUCGUUGGAGGAGACCAGGGAGGAGAAGACGUAUCGAAACUGGAUGAACUCGAUGGGCGUGGUCCCCCACGUGAACUGGCUCUACUCGGACCUGGCCGACGGCCUGGUCAUCUUCCAGCUUUACGACAUCAUCAAACCGGGCACGGUGAAUUGGAACCGGGUGCACAAAAAGUUCACGAAGCUGCGCAAGUUCAUGGAGAAGCUGGAGAAUUGCAAUUACGCGGUCGAGCUUGGGAAAACGAUGAAUUUCUCGUUGGUGGGGAUCGCCGGCCAGGACAUAAACGAUGGGAACGCCACGUUGACCCUCGCGUUGAUCUGGCAAUUGAUGAGGUCGUACACGUUGUCGAUCCUCACCUCGUUGGCCGGCACUCAGGGCAGCACCUUGGUCGAGAAGGAGAUCGUUCAAUGGGUGAACUCGAAGCUUCAGGCGGCAGGGAAGGCGAGCGGUAUCAAAGGGUUCCAGGACUCGUCGAUAGCCGAUGGCAAGGUGGUGAUCGAUCUGAUCGACGCCAUCAAGCCCGGUUCGGUGAAUUACGACCUCGUGAAGGAGGGCGGUACCGAGGAGGAGAACCUGGACAACGCGAAAUACGCGAUAUCCUUGGCCCGAAAAUGCGGGGCGCGGGUUUACGCGCUACCAGAAGACAUAACCGAGGUGAAGCCGAAGAUGGUGAUGACGGUGUUCGCCUGCCUGAUGGCGAUGGACUACAUCCCCAAUAUGGAUUCCGUGAAGCAGAAUAACGUGAUGAACAACAGUCAAUAAUAAUGGCGCGCGCGAAAACGUCCGCGGGAGGAACUGAGUGUCGACUGAGUCGCGGUGUAUCAUCGCCGUGCCUCUUUUACGAGCGUAAUAACUUUGUAUAUACACUUAGGUUAGGGUAGGCUUGUUUUCCGAAACGAGAGGAGCAAAAGAGAGAGAGAGA